AUGGAAACACCGCCGACUGCGAACCUGCGUACCAAAACCAGGCGUGCCCUCGACGAACUCAACGGAGCAGCAACGAUGGCGCCCGAAUCCCCGACCAAGACGAAGCGGAACAAUCCCCUUCUCCCGACGCCCUCAGAGACUCUCGUUCUCGCCGCUUUUCCCGUUAUCCUCCUCUUCGGCACCAUAUUCUCCCUUCUGUCUCCCGACGUCCGAUCCUCCCAAUACGACCACGCCUCCCAGGCUCACGUCCAAGACACCGCGCCCUCGUACUUCGCUCGCAAGUCGAACCUCUUCAACGUAAUCUUCGUGAAAAGAGGCUGGUUCUGGAUCACUGCCGCCUUCUUCACAUUCAUCCUCACCCACCCCGCGACCGCGCACGCGACCCGCCGCAUACAAGCUACUCUGCGCUGGGCCCUCAUCACCACCUGGUGGUUCUUCGUCACUCAGUGGUUCUUCGGCCCGGCCAUCAUCGACCGGGGCUUUCGCUGGACUGGCGGAAAGUGCGAGCUGAUUGAAGAGAAGGUGGAGCUUGGCAAGGGAGAUGCUAAGGAGGUUUUCACAGCUGUCGCGUGUAGGGCUGCUGGCGGACGCUGGCGUGGCGGACACGACAUCAGCGGACACGUUUUCCUGUUGGUUCUUGGUUGCGGUUUUUUGCUUUCCGAGGUCAGCUGGGUGGUUCUUCGAUGGAAGGGAGCCCGGAGGGAGGAGCGCAGCGUCGUUAUGACCGAUGGUGCCACCAAGACGGCUACAGUCGAGGCACAGGGCCUUCAGGGAGAGCCUGUCCCGGGCGAUGCUCUUGGCUUGGGAGGCAAGUUUGCGCUUGGUGUCGUCGGUUUGAGCUCUUGGAUGCUGCUGAUGACAGCCAUCUACUUCCACACCUGGUUCGAGAAGGUUACUGGCCUUACGACUGCCCUCGUCGCACUUUACGGUGUUUACAUUCUUCCUCGUUUUGUUCCGGUGAUACGGCAGGUGGUUGGGUUGCCUGGGAUUUGA